ACUCAGCUGACUGACCCGGAAGUCCUGGGUGUACCAAGAUGGCGGACAGCGAUUACGAGUCGGUGGUAUGCGUCAAGCCGGAAGUGCACGUUUACCGGAUCCCUCCCCGGGCCUCCAACCGAGGAUACCGGGCCGCCGAGUGGCAGCUGGAUCAACCGGCAUGGAGCGGCCGCCUGCGGAUCACAGCCCGGGGCAAGAUGGCCUACAUCAAGCUGGAGGACAAGACCACGGGGGAGCUUUUUGCGCAGGCCCCCGUGGAGCAGUUCCCGGGCAUCGCCGUGGAGAGCGUGGCCGAUUCCAGUCGAUAUUUUGUCAUUUGCGUCGAGGACGGGAGCGGGCGACGGGCGUUCCUCGGCGUCGGGUUUGCGGAUCGCGGCGAUGCAUUUGACUUCAACGUCGCUCUGCAGGAUCACUUCAAGUGGGUCAAACAGCAGACGGAGUUCGCAAAACAAGCGCAGAACCCCGACUCGGGGCCCAAGCUGGACCUGGGCUUCAAGGAGGGACAGACCAUCAAACUGAACAUCGCGAAUAUCAAAAAGAAGGAAGGAGCCAAGCCGCGGCCCCUGAGCGGCGCGGGGCCAAACCUGCUGCCGCCACCGCCGGGAGGGAAAGCGCCGGGCGCCGUACCGGUGCAGCACAGCCCGCCGCAGCCCGCGGGGGACUCAGGGACAGGGCUGCUUGUGGCCCUCGGAGCCACAUCUUCCUGGGCUGAGCCGGUGGCUGCUGCGGACACGUGGGGAGACUUCACUAAAGCAUCCAGCUCUGGUUCUGGACAGCCCAGCACGGACUGGGUGAAGUUCUGAGAAGCCAGGAGAAGAAGAGUGCCCUCAACAUCUUAUGAACGGGAGACCUCUGAGCCCUCUGUGAUCACCAGCCAGAAAAGCAGAGAAUUAAUAUUCCAAUGUGCAAUCGGGACAUCGGCUCCGGACGACCCCAACGUUUUAUUCCUCCCCCUCACUGUUAUCGGCGGCAGCAGGAUGCCGGCACUCGUGAGUCCACCCCC